AUGGUAGGAACGGUCGUUGGUGGCGGCUACUAUAUCAAGAGACGACGCAGCUCUCCGGAUGACAGCGAAUAUGCACCGUAUGCUGGAACUGGACCUGGUUUCAAAAAGAAUAAGGGUGACAAAGGCGAUGAGUCUUUAGCGUACAAAGCGCAACUCCACCAAUACCAACAGGCAAAGCAGAAGAUUAUCUGUGGUGAAGAUGUUCCUGCUGGACUCGAAUCUGAUGGUGAGGACGACGGAGCUGAUGACGAGAACAACUUCAGCGUGUACGAGUGUCCAGGUUUGGCACCUACAGGCGACAUAGAGGUGUGCAAUCCAAAUUUCGCCGCCCAUCCGUGA